AUGAUUUUGCCUUUCCUUUUCCCUCUUUUUCUACUGUUUUCGGCCGCUGAAGCUGCCAAAUUUUUGUUUUACAACCCAGUUAACAUUGGCGCCAGUCUUUCCCAUCGAUUGUUCAUCGACAAGUUGGCCGAUUUGUUGGUGGACAGUGGCCAUGAAGUCGUGAAUUACAUGCCCACAAUGGUGGAUCAUGAUGAAGGAAAAAUGAAGAGAAAAGCGAGGGUUUUGGAAUGGAAAGCCAAGGAAUUGGAGCCCAAACAAGGGGCCUUUAGCCGGAAUGUGUGGACAAAAGAGGAUGAUUUCUGGUCCUACUUCAAUUUUACGGUAAGAGAUUUUUGGAUCGGAUUUUUGAUUUUUUAUAUUAAACUUGGAAUCUUUGAGAUUUUUAAAAGGUAAAAUACGAGAUAUGUAAUACUUGUUACUAAACCAAAAAAUUAAAAUUUUGUACAAUUUUUUUUUAUUUGAAUCUAAAAUUUUUGAGAUUUUUAAACGGUAAGUACGCCAAAGAAAGAUUUUUCAAAUGAAAAAGUUGGGCGAAAUCUUGGAAUUUCUUAAAUGUUAGCUCAAAAUUUGAAAUUUUUCGGGUUUUUUAAAAGUAAAAUACAUCAGCUGGCUCCAGCUCUUUUAUCAAAAUUUUCUAACAAAUUUGCGGUAUUUUUAGUCUUCACCUUGCAAAAAUAGCCCACACUUUUAAUAGCCAAAAAAAUCAAUUUUUGGGGAGUCAAGCUUUUAUCACCGCCCAGCAAAAGUUUUAGUCAAAAUUCUGGCUUUGUCACUCUCUAAGAUUCGACUUCUAUUUCUCUGUCCAAGCUCUGUCAGACACAGAUUUUACUUUUAGACUCCGCCCCGUUGUGAUCGCAAAUGAUCGCUUUAGAAGUCCAUCUAAAAACUAGGGUACUUAUUAGACGUCAGCUUAGCUUUGACCCCCAAGGUUACCCUAAAUACACGUAAACUAAGAGAGUAUUACAACUAAAUUUUCAGUUUAUAAGCCCAACCAGUUCUACAUUUUCUAUCACUACUUUGAAUUUUGCUAUAAUCUCUAAUUACUGUAGAUUACAGUAAAUCUACAGUAAUCUUAGCAUGAUUUUCCACUUUAUUCCCCUAAUCCUGCUAGUAACUGCUACCGAAAGUUCUAAAUUCUUAUUUUACAAUCCAGUCAGUUUGUCGGCCAGUGAAUCUCAUCGAAUUUUCAUCGACAGAUUGGCCGACUUAUUGGCCGAUAAUAGCCAUGACGUUGUAAAUUACAUGCCAACGAUGCUAUUGCAUAGUGAAGGCAGUAAGAAGAGAAAGGCCAGAGUUAUUGAGUGGAAAUCGAAGGUGUUACAGCCACUUCGAGCUCCGAAUUUUAGAAAUACCUGGGAUCGGGAUGAGAGUUGGAGAGCAAUGAUUAAUUUUACGGUAAAUAGGGGGAGGGGGUUACUGUAAUUGACGAAAAAAGUUGAGCUUUUCCCUUUCGAAUGACUUUUCUCUCCCAUUUUCAGGCCAUUGCCGCCUUCUCCGAGCCCUUCGGCAAGCUCUGUGAUCUCCAAAUGGCCGAUGAUUCCAUAAUCGAAAAGCUGAAGGCGGAGAAAUUUGAUCUCGGAAUGAGCGAAAACUUUGAUCCUUGUGGAUUCGUUCUCUUCAAAAGAUUGGGAAUAAAGUAUGCUCCAGUAUUCUCCACAACUCCUAGCAACUUUCAAUUUGAACAGUGGGGAAUUCCCGCACCUUUGAGCUUCAUUCCAAGUAAGUGACAGUUUAUACGAUGAAAGCUGUUUUUUGAUGACUUCAAUUUGAGAUUUUUUAUUUCCGAAUUUUUUCAAAUUGAAGAGGAUGAAAGCUUUGAAAAUUUACGAUGGAGACAAAUUUUACCUCAAAGAGAGACAUCUUAUACGAUGAUUUUUUGUUAGAAAAAUUUUCCGUCAAAAAAAUUUUUUUACAAUUUCCUAUUAAAAAGUAGUAUUAACCCUACUAUUUAAGGCUGGCAAGGAGUAUUUACGAAUCCAGCAACCUUUAAAGACCGAGUUCUCACCGAAAUAAGCGAGCUUUACAACGCAAUUUUGUUCAACUGGCUUCAUAGUGGACGAAUUGUUGAUCAACAAGGUUAUGGGACUUACGAAGUAAGUUAGAUUCCCUCCAUGCUUUUCUAAAAUCUCCUAUAAGUUCUAAUUUCCCCAUUUUUCAGGAAAUUCUUGCGGGCAGCCAAGUGUUUUUCGUAAAUUCCGACGAGUUUGUCGAUUUUCCCCGGCCAAUUUCGGAAAAAGUCGUUUAUAUUGGCGGAUUUGGCCUGGACAAGAUCAAGGACAUCCCAAAAAAUCAGGUAAGCUUUGUUCUAAAUCCAUGAAGCCUCAUUUUAUAAGAAAAAAUUUUCAGUUUUGGAACAAAAUGUAUAUUACACCACUUUCAGGAGGUCCAAAAAGUCAUCGAUUCCUCAAAAAAGGUGUUCCUAAUCUCAUUCGGAGCCUAUGUGAACAGUUCUUCGAUCCCCGAAGCCACCAAAAACGAUUUCCUCGAGGCGUUUAAACAGUUUCCCGAUACAACUUUUAUCUGGCGAUAUCAAACUCCAAACGAUGGAUUUGGAAAAGGAAUCAAGAACUUGGAGCUCAGGGAAUGGCUGCCGCAGAGACAGAUUUUGAGUGAGUUUGUUACUUACAGUGGUGGACCUGAUCCAGUGGCAAAAAACGUACCAUUUUGCAUCCGUGAAGUAUCAAAAAAUGUGGCAAAAUACCUCCCUCCCCAAGUGAAAAAACUCCGAUUUCAAAAGCGCCCACGCUCUUCUUGUGAGGCGCCCUUCAAAACGAUGUUUUUUUCACUUGGAGAAGGACGCCUUUUGCCACAUUUUUGAUACUUCGCGGAUGCAAAAUAGUACGUUUUUUGCCACUGAAUCAGGUCCGUCACUGUAUUACAAUUAGGGAGGUAUUAGAUGACCAAUUUUUGUCAAAUUUUAAAACCUCUCCAUUUCAGAUGGCGAAAAAACAGUCGGUUUCAUUUCCCAUUGUGGGAUGAACUCGAUGAGUGAGGCCAAUUUCUUCGGUGUCCCGAUGAUCUGCAUUCCCUUUUAUGGUGACCAAUUUAGAAAUGUGAAGGCUUUGAUUCAACGGAAAAUCGGGCUGGAAUUGCCAAAGAAGAGUGUGAAUAAGGAGAAUUUGGUCAAAGUUCUAGGGGAAUUGAUCAACAAAAAAGAGUAGGAAGAUUUUUCAGAAUUUUUAUUAGCAGUAUUUGUAAAAUACGAAUUCUUUUAUCUUUCGUAAAAAUAAAAAAAUAAUUUUGCAAUUCCAGCUACUACAACCAGGCCAAGACCUUGUCAAAGCUGAUCAAAGCCAAGCCUCUGAGUGCGACUGAUCGUUUUGUGAAAUACGCCGAACUAGCAGCCAAAUUUAACCUACACGAAGUCUUGGAUCUUCCCGGCAAGAGUCUCAAUUUCGUUCAAUAUUACAAUUUGGAUGUCAAAAUUUUCCUAUUCACCGUAUUCUCCUCCAUUCUAUUUACUAUUCAGCGCACUCUCAGAGCCUUAUUAAGUCUCUGCAUAUCCUCGCCUAAGGGCAAGAAGCUCAAAAAGAAUUAA